CUCUCAGCAUUCUGGGAGGUAGAAGAAGAUUUGAGCUCAGCCUGCGCAACUUUGAGACUUAGGGGAGGUCCUGUCUUAAAAAAAAGAAAGAGAAAGAAAAAGAAGCAGCGGGCUGUCAAUGCAGCUCAGCGCGAAGCCUGGUCCAGCCCUCCGCGCGGGGAGCGCGCUGUUUCUGCCCCAGGCGCAGGGUGGCGUUCUGGGCUCGCGGGAGAGGCGGGGACGCCAAGCGGGAAAGAAGCCAGGCUCGUUCGGACCAGCGCAGAGGAGCGUCGGGCGGCCUGUGCGGUCAGCGAGGGGCGGGCGCGCACAGGCGGUGACCGCUGGCAGUUCUCCCAGAUGGGAGAGGGUACCGCCACACGUCGGAUCCCGGGCAGCCGCGGGGUCCGGCCGCGCGCCUCCUCGCCCGCUCCGGCCAGCUCCGCCCGCUACAGCCCAGCUGGCCGGAUCUCGGCGCCCACGCGCCCGGCGCCCGCAUCCCCCACCGCGCCGCGCCUACGAGCUCCGGGAAGCCGCGGGGCGCCCGCCCACGACCAGACCGCCAGCGGGCCAGGGUCGGUCCCCCGGCCCGGCUUCCCCAAAGGCGGCACCCUGCCCGCCCCGUCCACACGGACCGGGUCUCCGCCUCGCGCCCGCGGGGUCCCCAUCUCGCCGGCUCCGUCGCGGGGAGGCCGUGCGAUCUCGGGGCGUCGAGCCGGCCGGAGCGCGCGCCCGGGGGCUGGGGAAGACGUGGGCCCAGAAAUGAGCGGCGUCCGGAAAGCAGUGGAGAGGCGGAGGGCAGGAGGAUCGCUGUGAGUUCGAGGCCAGCCCGGGCUACAUAGUGAGACCCUCUCAAAAAGACAGACCAAAACCAAACAAAACAGGUCUAUGGACGGGGAGCACUUCGAGUGCCAGGCAAACGUGAAGACAGGAGGCUCCUGGCGGAAACUCGCGGCACCCUCGGAAGACCUCUCUCGAGUCUGACGGCCAAGACCAGCGCCAGAGCGCCCGAGUUGAGGCCGGGCUCCCGCAAGGGUCGCCCUGAGAGGCGCUGCGGGUUUGCAGUGGGUUACAGCGCCCGCGCCGGAGCUUGGCCCGGGGUAAAACAGGGGAGGGCGUGGCCUUCCUCUAUUAACCCCGCCCCUUUAAGCUCCUCCCCUAUUUACCGGCAGGGCGAGGCGGGGUUGAUGCGUUUCCAUGGAGACCGUUUCCAUGGAGGCUUCCCGGGGUUGAGGCCAUAGUCGCCAUAAUGACUAGCAGUGGACAGCAUCCAUGCCGUGAGGGAUGCCCCUCUGUCAAAGGCUACCUGGGAUAAACAUCCGUUAUGAAACUCAGGAGGCAGAACCUGAAGCCUGAACACCACAUUUAAGGGACUAGGGAGGUGCUGAGAAAUGGGGCAGAAGUUAGAGAAAGGUCAGGCGCUAGGAGACAGAAACCAGCCAGACUCCAGCGCAUCGCAACAGUCAUUCCUGGUAAGCACUUUUAUUGUUUUUGAAAUGGACAGAGUCUUGCUAUAUAGCCCAGGCUGGCCUUGAACUCUAAGCAAUCCUCCUGCCUCAGCCUUGAGUGCUUGGAUUGCAGGGUGCGCCUCCACACCUGCAUACCUAUUAAGCAAAGCAUACUGCUCCUUGGAAGGUCAACUUGGGGAUAUUUCUCCGGGAAGAGAGAAGUUUUCCAACAGGGAAGACGGCGCGGCAACAACCCGAGGGGUGGGAUAUGGGCUUACUCUGUCCCACAGAUGCAAGGGUUAGAAACAGAAGUUAUGGAAGCCGACCUCCUUAGGUUCAGCCUGAGAGUUUUCUUCCGGCAGAGCUGUCCCAAAGAGGAACAUGGCUCGGGAGGGCAGGAGUCAGGCGUCAGCCCUCACCCCUGCCCCAGCAGGCCGUGUGAAUGCUGAGGGCGUGAGAUGUGCGGGCUGCACGGGCGAUGAGGCUGCGCAGGGUGAAUGGUGCAAGAUGCGGGGCUGGCGCGCCUCAUCCCGGGCACAGCGAGCGCUGAGCAAGGAAAACCGGGGGCCCCGGAGCGGGGGCCAUUGCAGGGUGGCCGCAGAGAUCAAUGGAGCUGAGCAGGUGAAAUCGGAUCCUGAGAAGCACUUUGCCAACAGCAAAGCUGGAGCGUUCCCAGCAAGAGGGGUGCCCGGGCUGGGUGGCACAGGACGGACUGCGUGGGGGUGGCCAGGCAGACCGAGGGCCUGGGGCGCAGGGGCGGGAGCA